CCAAGAAUUAAAAUUAUCUGAUCAUCUCAAUUAAGCUACUAUUAAUUAUCUCUUAGUUCUUAAAAAGCAUUAGAUGUAAUUGAUAAUAUUUAAAUCAAACAAAAUUUCAAUUUAAAUUGAAAUAUUAAUAACAAAACUUAAGGUCUGUACAGAGUUUAUAAAAUGAUGUCUGUUAAAUUUAUUGUUUCAUAUUUGCUAGUUUUUACUGCUGUCCUAGCUCAGAACUGGGCUACUUAUCCCCAGGUCCCAAAGACAGCCAGUAUUAAUGGCUUUGCUGAUCCCAUAUAUGCCAAGCUCCCUGAUUGCGCUAAAGAAUGUGUAAAAUUUAAUGUGGGAAACACUCCUUGCCCUAACUGGGAUACUGGAUGUUUUUGUGUUAUGCCUCAAUGGUCAGGAUUAGUAGGCCAAUGUGUAGCUCAAAAUUGUAAAGGUGAGGAAGUAGUCUCAGCUACUUCUUUAGCAUCUUCAUUGUGUUGGUCUGUUGGUGCUAACACCUGGAUGAUGCCCGCUUCGAUUUCUACCGCUUUAUCUUCGGCAGCUGGAAAUGUUGCUGCCGCUGUUGCUAUCCCAACAGAUAGUUCCAGCUCAGAAAAAUCGUCCAGCAAUUCCGCUACUGCAUCAACAGUUUCCACUACUAAAUCUUUUGCAUCCGACGAUUCAUCUUCCAUUUCUUCGAUUUCUUCUGUUUCAUCUGUUUCUUCAACAAGUUUGACAACUUCAGCAACUUCUUCUACAACGGCCAAUGGUGUUGUUUCUUUGGCUACUAGUGCUUUGGCAUUAGUCGGAUGUCUUUUCGCGUAUUUAGUUUAAUAAUAUUGUUACUGUGAGUUAGCAGAACAAAGUAAAAUACAUGCACCUUUUUAAUUGAAAAAAAAACUUGCGUUUAGUGUAGACUUCCAAGAAAAAAUACAACUGAAAAGCUGUAUAGUUCAAGUUACCAUAUUAGAUUUAAGACUGAAAUUAUAAAUUAGAAUGGUAUACUUCGGAACUUCCUCAAAAUGAAAUGUAGAUAGUAGGUGAAAUAAAUCUAAAGGUCGGAUAUUGCCAAGCAUAAAACAGCAAACUGAUAUCGAAUUGAAAAAGGCAAAUAAAUUACUUAAAAGGUAUACCUUU